GGAUCACCUAGGUAAGUUUGAUCCCAAAGCGGAUGAUGGUUAUUUUGUAGGAUACUCAUCUAUAAGCAAAGCAUUUAGGGUAUUUAAUGUUCGUCUUCAAAAAGUAGAUGAAUCCAUUCAUGUCACUUUUGAUGAAAGUUCAUCUGCUUUAAAAGACAUACAAUCCUCCUCAUAUGAAGAAGUUUUCAGUAAGUUCACCAAUCCCUCCAAUGAGGAAGCUGACUCAUUUUCCGAUGCACCUUGUACCUUACCUGAAUGUCUUCAGCAGACAUCUCAUGAUACAUCAGUGUGUACUGAUGAGGAACAAGUUGUUGCUCAUGUUUACUCAAUUGAGCCAGUUGAACCUAUUUUGAGAUCAAUCCAGGUCUCCUCAGCCAAUGAUAGAUCGUUGACUAAGGAUGUUCAUGCUGCUGAUCUCGCUGAUGAUGAGUUUCAUGAUGCCUCAGCAAAUGCUGAGAAUAUGGAGUCUGCUGAUGACUCCAACAUCAAUGAUAACUCAACUCAGUCAAAUAACUCAACUGAUCAUCCUGUCGCUGAACCCACUGUCACUAUCGACCUUUCUUCAUACAAUCCUCUUCCUUCUGUCUCCAUCACCCCAUCUUCUGCUGAUACUCAACUAGGUUCUUCAAGUGUUCCUUCACUUAGGUGGACAACUAGUCACCCCGCUCACCAAGUCAUUGGUGAUCCUCAGCAGGGUAUUGUCACUCGAUUAGCGACAAGAAACACAUGUCUUUAUGAAAAGUAUAUUCGAGACAUGUUGGCUAAGUUUGAUAUGUAUGAUAUUUCUCCGAAGCCAACUCCCAUGUCUCCUCCCAAUAAUGUCCAUGCUGAUCCUGAUAGUAAGCAUGUGAACCCCACUCACUAA